AUGGAGGAAACCACUGGGAAGGAAACCACUGGGACGCAGCAAUCUUCAGCUGGGAAGCCGAACGAGACGUUUUCAACUACUCCAUCUACUAAGGCUGCUAAUCCAUCAACACUUCGAGCUUCUGCUGAGCCAUUCACUCCCACACCGAGGUCUCCACCAAGACAAGCUUCUUUCUUGCCACCUCAGCAACUACCAUAUAGUCCACAAAUCCCUAUGUAUCCAUGUGAUUUUCCAAAGCUCAGCGAUAAACCAAUACAGUCGGCUGUGAAAAGCUUCAAAAAAAGCUAUAGAAGCCUCUUGCCUCCAAACCCUCCAAGCCCUCCAAGGCCCCCUCCGCAUAACCCUACUACUCAGCAUCCUACCACAAAUCCAACUCCCCCAACUCGUCAUACUACUUCUAGCUCUUAUGGUCCUUCUUUCUCCUAUAGGGGUAAAUUGAAUCUUCGUCCGAAGAAGAAGAAGAAAUAA